AUGGUCGAUCUUAUGGAAUCUGAGUCUAACCAUCAUCAGCUUAUGGAUCAGGCCACCGAAAAGCCGGUGAAGAAACUCACUAGACACUCUAAAGCUUGCCGAAGAUGUCGCAGACUAAGAAGCAAGUGCAUUAACAGUGGAGAUGGAAGCAAAUGUGAGGCAUGUCGACUAUCAAACCAUGACUGCAUUUUUCUAGCAAGAGGCCAAAAAACUUAUGACGAUCGGGAAUUCCGUCGUCCAAGAGUACGCUCUUCCAAUACCAGUGUGAAGGGGAAAACUGGUCCAGCUUCAACAUCGCCGUCAGCACACCCAGAUGCGGGGUUCCAGUCUAGUGAGUCGUCUGGGCCAGGAUUGAGUGUACAAGGCCUCUUAACUCCAGGUAUCUCGGAUCCUUGGGACUCUUUACCUCCAUUUGAAGAACUUUUUAUAGGUAUCAAUACCUUCACAAAAUCUUUCUUCCAAUUGGGGUUUUUGCCAAAGACGCUAUUUUUCGAGAGGUUGCGGAAGCAACCUGAUACAGUCAGUGUUUUCCUGCUGUUCAGUAUUCUAAGCAUCUCUGCUCGCUUUACUCCUAGUUUGGUGAACAGAUAUGGUGGCGGUUCUAGUGCCACCAAACUAUAUCUCACUCGGGCCGCCGCCUUGAUUCCUGAGCAGAUGUUCCGACCCUCGCUUGAAGCAACUCAGGGAUUUUUUCUUCUCAGUAUUGCAGAGUGGGGGAAUGGAGACAAAAAUCGCAGCUCAAUGUAUAUGGGUAUAGCAGUGACCAUGGCUGGCAUUUUACGACUGCACCGGGAGGAGACCUACAAUCUCCCCGAAGACGCGACGGCUGAGCAAUUCGUCAAUGCAGAAGCUGCGAGGCGCACAUUCUGGAUGCUCGAGAGCUAUAAUAACCUUCUUUCUGGUCUCAGUUCCCCUGUCGCCAUCUCCUACAAUGACAUCUCAGCGCUUUUACCUUGCAGCGAGCCUGAAUUUUCAUUUGGAGCCUUAACAGGGCCCCGUGCUGCGCUGCUUGGCACAAUACCAGCCCUUAAAGACCCAUCAUUGGCUCAUUCCCAAAGCAGAUCGCUGUUUGCAACUUUGCUGCAGACACAUAAUCUAUGGGGUCAAAUAGCAAGGACGGUUGGCACGGAUGCCGACCUACAGGCCCCAGAAGAGAGUCGGAUGAGCCGAAACGACUAUACGAGGCUUUUAGACGCCUUGAACCAAUUUGAAAUAAACAUUCCGAUUCCUCACCGCUGGUCGGUGUGGAACCUCCGAGGUUUCAAAUCGGAAGGCUUGGACCUGGCAUUUCUAUCAGUGGUGAUGGUUCUGAGAUUGAGCAACAUAGUGUUACGACGGCGAUAUCUUCACGACAAAUCAAUUUCCCAGGAAGGCUAUCCGCAAGACACGGGACAUGUUACAACAGAGCUAUUCGAGAAUAUGCUUAUUCUGCACGAACAAAUCGACGCAUUCUUUGACUUCCGCUCACCCGAGCAGGGUUUCCCAGCUCUUAUCGUGUUCUGUGUUUAUGUUUGUGGCUCUCUAGCCAACCAUCUGCACCAGAAACCAAGCGUCUGUCCGAGCAUUGCUCCUCAGGCUGAGGAGAUCCUCCGGAAAUCCUUAACAGGAUUGGGUCAGUUGCAACACGCCUGGCCCCUUGCUCGACGCUGGAAUAAGGCACUCUGUAGAGCCAGUGCGCGGAUUAGAACUCAAUCACAGGAUGAAACAUCCCCAUCAGUUGGAUUCUCACCAUCCACAGAGCUUAUUGUGUCUGAGCUUCAGCCAUCGCCCGGGGCAAUACCUCGACUCAAUGAUCCAUUCCCAACAGAUGUGAUGCUGGCAGAGUUUGAGACUUACCCCUGGAGUGAUAUCUUUACGGAUUUAAUAAAUAAUGAGUACUCAAUGUGA